AUUAAUAUUCCUCUCCAAGACGGUGCUGGUCGUGCAAAAAAGUUUAAUGCCGUACUUAAAUAUAAUAAUGAAUGUGAAACUUACCAAAUGGCUGAAUAUGUCAAAAAGAACUCAAAUCAACGUUGGGGUGAUGAUAUUCAGAAUAACCUUCGCAUUCUUAAUGCUUAUAUUAAUUCAGAUGUUAGAGCACAAUAUCUUACACAUGGAAGAAAACAAAUUUUUCCAAAACCUGAACCUAGAAAUCGUUUGUUUUUGCCGGGUGGAAUCGAACUAAUGCUUGGUUUCUUUCAAAGUAUUCGUCCUGGAUGGGAAAAACUACAUAUUAAUAUUGAUAUAUGUGCUACAACAUUUUAUCCAUCUGGUCCAUUAAUCGAUUUGAUCCCUAAAAUCCUUGCAAAUGUAAAAUCCAAAGAUGAAUUACGACGUGGACUUAAUCAUAAUGAAAUCGAAUUACUUGAACAUUUUCUCAAAGGCCUUAAUUUCACUACAACAUAUCGUUCUACCAAUAAUACAAAACCAAAAAAGAAAGUUUCUUAUAUUACUAAAAAAUCUGCUCAAAAUCUUAUGUUCAAUUUUGAGGGACAAAAUCUUAGUGUUAGUCAAUAUUUUAGUAAUUCAGAAACGCCAUUAGAAUUUCCUAUGCUUCCAUGUGUUGCUGUCGCGGCAACUAAACGUGGGCAAAGUGAUGCUUAUUACCCUUUAGAGGUUUGUCAAAAAUUUAAAGUGAAAAGCCUUGAUAAGGAUCAAAGAAUAGAUAUGAUAAAAAAGACAGCUAUUUUCCCAUCUAAUCGAUUUGAAAGAAUCACUAGUGCUCGUAAAAAUAUAUACAAACACUCGGAAAAUGAUGCGAUGAAAUCAAUUAGUAUGGAAGUUGAAAAUGAUUAUCUAACAACUAUAUCGAGAGUUCUUAAGCCGCCACCACUUACUUGUACUCCUGAUAAUACAGAAAUUAUUAUUCCUGAAUCGGGUUCAUGGAGUGUUUCUAAAUUUAUCACACCGGCAAGAUUACAUAGUUGGUCUGUCGUUUGUUUCGAUCCAAAAUUAAAAAAAGAAUAUGUUGAGGCUGCAAUGAGAUGUUUAUUAGAAGUUUUAAUUGGAAAGGGAUUGAGAGCUAGCGCACCUCUAAAAAUUAUGCAGGGAAAUUCUCAAAAUUGCAAAGCU